AUGAUGGCUCCUUCCUGCUCCCGAGCCGCUCUUCAGUUACUUACCACAGUCUUGCUUGUCAGCACCUUUGUAAACGCGGCAGCACUUCCACACCAGGUGCUAGAUCCUCGCACACCCAUUAAUCACGAUGACCAGCUCCCAGCGGAGGUUUCAGAAGCUCUUCGUUCUGGCGUGGGUGACGAUGAUGGCAACGUUUUCCGAGAAGUUGAAGAUGCUUUCAGGUCCCGCAACGGAUUGGAAGUGAUUAGAGACUUUUUCGCACGUCUCUUCGGUUGGGACAACGACGACGACGAGUCUCCAUCGGAACCAUCGGUUUCUAUCACACCUACAAGUGCAGCUGCAACGUCUGACCUGUCUCCUGUCAGUGGGACCACUGCUACGUCAUCCCCUAGCGCCGAGAUAUCGAUUCUUCCUGUAGGCCCAAUGACCACUGCUAUCAACGUCACAUUGCCCGAUCCAGUGUUCUCAUCGCCAGCUUUCCUCAACUCGACCACCGGUCCCCUCCCGACAGCCGUACAAAUCACGGAUGAAUUCAGCGCCAUCCCCUUCCCUGGAGCUGGAACCAGCUUGCCUUCCAACAGCACUGCCACUAUCAGUCUGGAUAUGACGAGUGUUAUUUUGGUCACUGCGACCCUCGCCCCGUUACCGAUGGGCACUGGUACCGGACUUUCCAACGCGACUGCAGCUUUCACUGAGAUUCCGUUGUUCCCUAACAGCACCUCCACCUAUACUAUUAUGCCCACUGGCAUUGUCAGUAUUGGUACUGGUCUUUCUAUCAUCUUCACAGAGCUCCCGCUCUUCCCCAACGUGACCAGCGGUCUCCCUGCACUGCCUCUCGGUACCGGCACAGCCGCCGGCACAGGCGCUCCAGUUUCAUUCACGGAGCUACCAUUCUACCCGAACGUGACCGGUCUCCCCUCACUCAUUCUCAGUACUGGCACAGCCGUUGGCACUGGGUCUCCAGUUUCCUUCACAGAGCUUCCCCUUUACCCGAACGCGACCAGUGGUCUUCCCACGCUCAUCCUCGGUACCGGCACGGCCCUUGGCACUGGCGCUCCCGCCUCAUUCACGGAAAUCCCACUCUAUCCAAACGCGACCAGCGGUCUUCCCACGCUCAUCCUCGGUACCGGCACAGCUGUUGGCACUGGCGCUCCAGUGUCUUUCACAGAGCUUCCCGUCUACUCUAAUACGACCACCGUAACAACCACCGUCACGCCCCUUGGAACUGGUGCUGUCGGAACUGGCGUUGGCACCGGAUCUCCCGUUGUCUUCACCGAGCUCCCAAUCUUCCCUAAUGUCACCACCCUCUUCUCUACCACCACCGUUUCUCUCGUCGAGACCGGAUUGCCUCUACCCUCGCUUCUCCCCAACAGCAACGGCACCGCUCUGAACGACACCCCGUCUGCCUUUCCUGGUCUCCUCGCCCUUCGCCGCAUAUGUCAAGAUCCGUCCAUCAAGGUCAUCACCCUUCCCCUCAUCUCGCGCUUCUACGGCCCCAAUGGAUACCCAAGCCUGCAGGGAUUCCCGGGCUGCACGGUGCCAAACGACCGACAAGCCAUUCAAGCUCCAGGCCUCCUCAACUGUUCAGCCCUUGGAGCUGAAGUGCAACGAUGCCAGGCAUCAGGCCGAAAGGUGCUCCUCAGCGUCAAGGCUGAUGGUCUCGAGGCCGUGGCUGGUAAUGCUGAUUUCGGCGACCCGAGCGUGGAUCCAUACCCCUUUGGUCCCGUCUAUACAGAUACCGGGCCCGUAGGGGCUACAUAUGACAAUGUUAACACGGAUGGUGCGGAUGCAGAUGAUGAUCUUGAUAAGAGGCAGAUCGAUGUUAACAUCAACAUCAACAUCUCUACUCAAAAUGAACAGAACCGUCCUGGACGUCCGACUGAUUUCGAUGACAGGCGGCCCAAUCGUCCGGAGAAUACAAAGCGACCUGCUCCUCCCCCUCGGCCCAAUGAGACUGGCGAACCUGGUCGACCUCAGCGACUCUCUUUCUCUUCUGUGCCCGUUUCCACUUCGUCGUCUACAAUAAGGGCAUCGGUGUCUUCGAGCCGUACUCCUGUAGUUUCCGACCAGUCUCCGGUCUUUGAGACUAUGAUUUCCGUCGUCCUUCCUCUGGCUUCCGAGUUCAAUUUUCCAACGGUCGCUGCCUCUGAAUGGUCUGCGUCUAGUUCCGCAACACCUGUAGUUUCCAGCGAUUCCUUCGAGACUACUACUUCUGCCGUUGUCUCCCACAUUCCGGAUUCCAAUACUCAUACUAUUUUGUUUGAAGACUUCACACCAAGUUCCGCAACCCUUGUCACAGAUGCGUCCACACAGGGUUCCACAAUCCUGGCAUCAGUAUCAGCAUCCACAACCACAACCCCCCUGUCCUCAUCCCCCAACCCAACCUCCCCCACAACCCCGGACCCAACUCCCUUCCCCAACCUCUUCGACCAAAACCACCCCCCAACCGCCCUCGCCCUAACCCUCUUCUCCCUCUUCGGCGAAGGCCACACCGAACGUGCCGACCUCCGCCCCCUAGGUCCAGACAGCGGCAGCCCCGCAACGCCCCCCCUCUUCAACGGCACAACCUGGAUCACCCCGCCGGCCGCCAGCCUCCCGAUGCCCGAGCGACCGCUGGGCGAGGAAGUCGUCGUCGACGGCUUUGACGUCCAGCUGCCGGUGCAGUGGCGCGGCAAGUACCAGGACACCAAGUUUCGCAACUUUGUGGCCCGUCUGCGCGACUUACAUCGGGAUGCUUGGAGGCAGAGUGGCGGGAUUGAGGGUGCGCCGGGGGAUUUGGGAGCGGAUGGGAAGGCGGUGGUGUAUUUUGGGUGGGUUGGGGGAUUGAUGCAUCGGAGGAGUGAGGGGACGAGUAAGGCUGGGUGGAUCGAGUGGGAUGGUCGGUCUGAUUGA